GGAUCCAACACUGCUCGCCUUGAUCGCCUUGUGAACACUACUCGUAACCACUCACCAUGACCUGGGAAGCCGUUUUCGACGCCGCGACCUUCCCGCGCGCGACGCUGCUCGACCGCCGCGCCGUCGUCGGCUACCUCUUCCCCCUCCCCGCCUCGACUCUCGACUCCUCCCUCCCGAUCACGCUGGACGCGCCGCCCGCGACGCUGGCGCAGGCGAACGCCAUCGCGCUCGCGUGGGGACACGCCCUGGCCGCGCUGGUCCACGACGUCGUGGGUCUCCUCGACGCGCCGCGCGCGCUCAUCUCCGACCCGCCCCCGCCAGACGGGGACAUGCUCCGCCAAACGCUGGCUGUGACGCCGGCCGCGACGCCCGCGUGGGCGCCGCUCAUGGGCGCCGCGCACAUCCAACACCGCGGCGUGUGGGACUUCACGUUCCCCUCCGCGCCGGCGUGGGCCCGCGUCGCGAUAUCCGUCGGGAGCGAGGUCGUCCUUGUCGUGCCCCGUGACAUGCCGCUUGGCGCAGCGGCGUGGGCCCAGGUUAUGCGGCUCGCGCUCGAGGUUGUAGACACGGGAGAAAGUUCACAGGAGCAGGAGUGGGAUAUUGCCAGCGGGCUCAAGCCGCCCAUGGUCAAUCCCGUGCGUAUCACCGAGGCGCGCGGAGCGGAGGCACGCAUUCUCCCGUCCGACUUUGAGAGUGAGGAAGAGGUGAAGAAGAGCAAGGGAACAAUCUUUGAUCGAUUCAGGCAUGCCUUUUGAUGCAGGCCGCGAAUGUGAGGCUGUGCAAUUGUGCAAUUGUGAAAGAGCUCAAUCUGUCUCAAUCCUCUCGCACUCGCAGUUAUAAACAUGCUCUUAUCUCAUACUACAAUGCACACCUCGAUGCCGACACCACGC